AUGCCAAGUACUUCCUUGUUGUCAAGCGGUCAACGCCCCAGCGAAUCGCUGUUCGUGUCUGCGGACGAGCAAUCCGACAUCGAUAACGGCCCAGACAAAAAGCGUGUGAAGCGGAGUUUUGACGAUGUCGACUCUGCAGAGACGUCCAGCGUUGCCAGCUCCGACGAAGAGGAUGAGGAUGAUCAGAGUGCCACAGCAUACGACAUCUCCGCGGAAGCCCGACCACGCCUUGCAUUUUAUCAUGAGAGCUUCGCCAAAGCUGAGCGAGAUGUGGUUCGAGCUUGCAAAGUUCUCCGUGUGACCAACGAGGAGCUGAUCAGCGGAGGAUAUAAGAACGAGGAGAUCACCACAGUCUGCGGGAAAUCUGGCCUUGAGGCCAUCAACCCGCCGUAG